CCCCUUUCCCUCCCGACAAACACAGGAUGCGAACGGGCGGCGGAGAAGCUACGAGACGUUACUCCUCUGCGCCACGGCCGUUGAUAUUCCCCCGCAACAUCCGAGUGAAAAAAAACACGGAAGCCAGUAUCAGGGUGGGGGGGUAAACUAAACACCUCUUUUUUUAACCACUCGUCUGAACCCGCCAUCGACUGAGCUUCGUGGACGAAAUAUAAUCCGCUGUGUGUUCGCUGCGCGGCAACCGAAACUAUCGACGCUAGAGAGAGCCGGCGGUACGGAAUGGAGCUCAUCACUAUUCUCGAAAAAACGGUCUCUCCAGAUCGGAAUGAACUAGAGGCAGCACAGAAGUUUCUGGAGCAGGCGGCUAUAGAGAACCUGCCAACAUUCCUGGUCGAGUUGUCUAAAGUGUUGGCGAACCCGGGGAACACUCAGGUUGCUCGAGUUGCUGCAGGUCUACAGGUGAAGAAUUCCCUGACCUCCAAAGACCCCGACGUAAAGACACAGUACCAGCAAAGAUGGCUGGCCAUCGACGCCAACGCUCGCCGCGAGAUCAAGAACUACGUUUUACAGACUCUGGGUACGGAGACAUACCGGCCCAGCUCGGCGUCGCAGUGCGUCGCCGGGAUCGCCUGCGCAGAGAUUCCCGUUAACCAGUGGCCUGAGCUGAUCCCACAGCUGGUUGCAAACGUCACUGACCCCUCAAGCACUGAACACAUGAAGGAAUCCACGCUGGAGGCCAUCGGCUAUAUCUGCCAGGACAUAGACCCGGAACAGCUGCAGGAGAACGCCAACCAGAUCCUAACGGCCAUCAUCCAGGGCAUGAGGAAGGAGGAGCCCAGCAACAACGUAAAGCUGGCCGCUACCAACGCCCUGCUUAACUCUCUUGAGUUUACCAGAGCCAAUUUUGACAAGGAGACGGAGAGACACUUCAUCAUGCAGGUUGUGUGUGAAGCCACACAGUGUCCCGACACCAGAGUACGUGUGGCGGCUUUACAGAACCUGGUGAAGAUCAUGUCUCUGUAUUAUCAGUACAUGGAGACGUACAUGGGUCCAGCUCUUUUUGCGAUCACCAUUGAGGCGAUGAAAAGCGACAUCGAUGAGGUGGCUCUACAGGGAAUCGAGUUCUGGUCCAACGUCUGUGACGAGGAGAUGGACCUGGCCAUCGAGGCCUCAGAGGCCUCGGAGCAGGGACGCCCGCCAGAGCACACCAGUAAAUUCUAUGCUAAAGGAGCCCUGCAGUACCUGGUCCCCAUCCUGACCCAGACCCUCACCAAGCAGGACGAGAAUGAUGAUGACGACGACUGGAACCCGUGCAAGGCAGCCGGCGUGUGUCUGAUGCUUCUUGCCACUUGCUGCGAGGACGACGUGGUUCCUCACGUUCUGCCCUUCAUCAAAGAACACAUCAAAAACCCCGACUGGCGCUACAGAGACGCCUCAGUCAUGGCCUUCGGAUCCAUCCUGGAGGGACCUGAACUCAACCAGCUGAAACCGCUCGUCAUACAGGCGAUGCCGACCCUGAUCGAGCUCAUGAAGGACCCCAGCGUGGUGGUGAGGGACACCACAGCGUGGACAGUGGGGAGGAUUUGCGAGCUGCUGCCUGAAGCUGCCAUCAACGACCUGUACCUGGCCCCUCUGCUGCAGUGCCUGAUCGAGGGUCUGGGGGCCGAGCCCAGAGUCGCCUCCAACGUGUGCUGGGCUUUCUCCUCGCUGGCUGAAGCUGCGUAUGAAGCAACAGACGCUGCUGAAGACCAGGAGGAGCCGAGCACUUACUGCCUGUCUUCCUCAUUUGAGAUCAUCGUCCAGAAACUACUCGAGACCACAGACCGGCCCGACGGUCAUCAAAACAAUCUGCGCUCUGCUGCCUAUGAGGCUCUGAUGGAGAUUGUGAAGAACAGCGCCAAGGACUGUUACCCAGCUGUGCAGAAAACUACGCUGGUCAUCAUGGAGAGGCUGCAGCAGGUCCUGCAGAUGGAGUCUCACAUCCAGAGCACCUCCGACAGAAUCCAGUUCAACGACUUGCAGUCGCUGCUGUGUGCCACUCUACAGAAUGUCCUCCGUAAGGUGCAGCAUCAGGACGCCCUGCAGAUCUCGGACGUGGUCAUGGCGUCUCUGCUGCGGAUGUUUCAGAGCACGGCUGGGUCUGGAGGCGUUCAGGAGGACGCUCUCAUGGCCGUUUCCACGCUGGUCGAAGUUCUGGGCAGCGACUUUCAGAAGUACAUGGAGCCCUUCAAGCCUUUCCUGGGAAUCGGACUGAAGAACUACGCCGAGUAUCAGGUGUGUCUGGCAGCUGUCGGUCUGGUGUGCGACCUGUGCAGAGCUCUGAUGUCAAACAUCCUGCCUUACUGUGACGAGAUCAUGCAGCUGCUGCUGGAGAACCUCGGGAAUGAGAAUGUCCAUCGGUCGGUGAAGCCCCAGAUCCUCUCUGCGUUCGGUGACAUCGCCCUGGCCAUCGGAGGAGAGUUUAAGAAAUACUUGGACAUCGUCCUGGACACCCUGCAGCAGGCAUCACAGGCACAGGUUGACAAGACGGACUACGACAUGGUGGACUAUCUUAACGAGUUGAGGGAGGGCUGUCUGGAGGCGUACACUGGGAUCAUCCAGGGCCUGAAAGGGGACCAAGAGAACGUGCACCCUGAUGUGAUGUUGGUUCAGCCUCGGGUAGAGUUCAUCCUCUCCUUCAUCCACCACAUAGCCGAGGAUGAGGAUCACUCUGAUGGAGUCGUGGCAAACGCUGCAGGACUCAUCGGCGAUCUGUGCACGGCGUUCGGUAAAGAUGUAAUGAAGCUGGUGGAGGUUCGUCCGCUCAUCAACGACCUGCUGACGGAGGGUCGACGCUCCAAAACCACCAAGACCAAGACGCUGGCCACAUGGGCCACCAAGGAGCUCCGCAAGCUCAAGAGCCAGGCCUGAUUGUUGCCGGUCGGGGAAAGAGAGAUUUUUGAGAGAUCGACAUCAGUGAACAAUGAGGACAAACUGCCCCACUGGAAAAAACUCUUCUGUCUUUGUGUCGAGCGUCCGGUCGAAGCAGAAGUGAGACGAAGUGUGAGCUGAGUGAGUGUCUGUGUGUGAGAGAGAGAGAGAGAGACGUGUGAGCGAGCGAGCGAGAGACGAUGACAUCACACCACCUUCAGUUCCGGCAGGCGACAACUCCCCCCUACUCCCAAAACAACUCCCCUCCUUUUUCCUGGACGGCCUGUGGACUGGACUUUGACUCCCCCCUCUUCUAAUUCCCCAAAAUCGAAACAAACAAAAACUCACCCUCCAGCCCUCCCCCCUCCUCCUCCUCCCUCAAACCACCUCUCUCGCUGUAGCCGGGCUCUCCAACGACAUCACGAUGACGUCACUGACCCGCCGCCGCCCCCGGAGCCAGGGGGAGGGGGGGAGGAGGGGAAAUAGAUAAAAACACGACGAGAAAAUAAAAGACUUUUGUGGAAUCAAAGCUACAACGCGAGCGGACUCAGUGGACUUCUGUGGAAACUUUAGAUUUUGGUUGCUCUUAUUUUUUCUUCUUUUUCUUCCUGCGAGCACUCUAAACGGAGAUCUGACGGACACCUCCACCUGCUCAGUCUCCGUUGCUCGAUGCUCUUAUCCAAACAACAACAGCACUAAAUUCCUUCAACAUAAAAGUCAAAACCGACGAGGAAUCCUCCGAGGAGCGAGUGCCAAAUGGAAUAGUUUAGCGGAAAUAAAGCGCGCGGUGUGAGCUGCUGGUGAAGCGUUUCAGUUUUUAUUUCCCUGCUGCACUUGGUUUGGGAACAGGUCACUCACCAUUUUUGCUUGUUUAAAAAAAAAAUUCAGAGAAUUGAAGACAUUUGUAUAAGGUUAUAUUUUUCCAUUGCUAUGAUGAAAAUAAAGUAAAAAACAAUAAAAUGAUAUGAAACAUUC